CGACUCUCCUUUCCACGUUCUCCACUCUCCAUUCUGAAUUCUUGAUUGAGCGCGUUGAGCUGAGCUUGGAAGCGGACUGAGCUCACUUCGAGCCAGGGUCGCCUUAUAAAACGAGUGCUCGGAGCGCGGUGCGCACAGUAGCAAUUGGAGCGUUCGUUUGGCUGGUUAUCAGGUGGCUGCUUCUUCCAUCUAGUGUUGAUCGCAUUCUACUGAGAUGCUGCGCCGUUGGUUGCUCUUCGCAGUCGUCGUUGCGGCUGUCUGCUUGAUGGGCGCCCGUUCCGCUCGAGCAGCCUAUGCGGAUGACUGCGACACCCCGAACGGGGAGCGGGGCCAGUGCAUGCCGUUCUCCUCCUGCUCGGAUAUCGAGCAGCGCCUCUUGGCUGCCCAGCAGAGCGGGCAGCGUGUGUCGCCGGAGUAUGCCAGCUAUUUGCAGAAGGCGUCAUGUGGCGAGAUCGAUGGAGUGCGCCACUUUUGUUGUCCUACGCCGCAGAUCCAGCACAAUUCCAAGGUCAUGGAGUUAUUUAGGAGCGCCGACUUCAACUGCGGGAACAUUCUCAAUCAGCGCGUGGCCAAUGGCUACGAGGUGAAGUUGUCCUCCAGGCCCUGGAUGGCCUUGCUGCGAUACCAAAGCUUGGGCGAAUCUCGUUUCCUAUGUGGCGGCACAAUCAUUGCCAACCGCUAUAUUUUGACUGCAGCCCAUUGCGUCUAUGGACUCGAGGAUCAGCUCUAUGAAAUUCGCUUGGGCGAGCACCGCAUCUCGACUGAGAGGGACUGCCGGCAGCAGGGGCGGAAGGAGAAGUGCGCCCCGCCCGUCAAGGAUCUGGGCAUUGAGAAGUUCAUUAUACACGAUAAAUACGAUUCAAAGCGAAUCAUCAAUGACAUCGCGCUGCUGCGCCUGAACGAGAGCGUCCUCUUUGACAAGCAUAUUAAGCCCAUCUGUCUGCCCAUCAGUAACGAGCUGAAACAGCAGGCGGAGUCUCUGCCGGAUUACUUCGUCACUGGCUGGGGCACCACCGAGAACGGCUCCUCGUCGGAUGUGUUGUUGCAGGCCAAGGUGCCCAUGCAGUCCCGAUCGGUCUGCUCGCAGACCUAUCGCCGGGAGGUGCCUCACACGCAGCUCUGCGUGGGCGGCGGCGACUUGCAGGACUCGUGCAAGGGCGACUCUGGUGGCCCGCUGCAGGCGCCCGCUCCCUACUUAGACGAGUACAAGGUGCGCAUGGUGGAGUUUGGCAUCGUAAGCAUGGGCGUGACAUCCUGCGGUCAGAUCAGCCUGCCGGGUCUCUACACCAAUGUGGCCGAUUAUGUGCAGUGGAUAACCGAUGUCAUGGCCAAACAUGGCCUGUAAACAUUUGGAACAAUUACCCAGCACAGCUUGUCCCAUUAUUUUUGUUUCCCAAUCCGACGUAUCUUAAGAAUAAAUGCUCAUCAAUAUUUAUUGA